AUAUGGCUCUUGUGAAACUCCCAACUCCAUUCCUUAAACCCUUCUGGAAGUGAUAAUGAAUUCCCUUCAAACCCCUUUUCUUUCUCCUCCUCAUCCUCCUUCCCGCCAAAACCGUACCUCUCUUAAACCACGCAAAACCCCUAUAUUCACCAUUACUUGUUCAGUCAAACCAGAUCCUUGGACACUAAGUGACGGAAAUUCAAUCAAAUCAAAACCCUACAAAAGAGACCCUAAAAAACGCCUCUCAGAUGAUGAUGCUCGUCGAAUAAUUAACGCCAAAGCUCGUUAUCUUAGUGUAUUAAGAAGAAAUCAAGGUUCACAAGCUCAAACGCCCAAAUGGAUUAAGAGAACUCCUGAACAAAUGGUACAGUUUUUGAAAGAUGAUAGAGAUGGACAUAUUUAUGGGAAACAUGUUGUUGCUGCAAUUAGGGUUGUUAGGAAUUUGUCAACCAGGGUUGACGGCUCUUAUGAUAUGAGGCAAGUUAUGAGUUCCUUUGUUACUAAAUUGACAUUUAGAGAGAUGUGUAUUGUUUUGAAGGAGCAGAAAGGUUGGCGACAAGUUCGAGAUUUCUUUAAUUGGAUGAAGUUGCAGCUAUGUUACCGUCCCAGCGUGAUCGUCUACACCAUUGUUUUACGUAUAUACGGCCAAGUUGGAAAGAUCAAACUCGCUGAACAAACAUUUCUGGAAAUGCUUGAAGCAGACUGUGAAGCAGAUGAAGUGGCUUGUGGGACUAUGUUAUGUGCAUACGCUAGAUGGGGGCGCCAUAAACCUAUGCUGUCUUUCUAUUCUGCAGUUCAAGAACGUGGAAUCGUACCUUCUGUUUCAGUUUUCAAUUUUAUGAUCUCGUCUUUGCAGAAGAAAUCACUGCACACCGAGGCUAUCUAUUUGUGGAGACAGAUGAUGGAUGUAAAGGUGGCCCCCACUCAUUUCACCUAUACGGUGGUUAUUUGCUCAUUCUCAAAAGAAGGUCUUGUCAGAGAGGCCUUUGAGACAUUCUAUGAAAUGAAGAAAUCAGGAUUCACCCCAGAGGAAGUUACUUAUAGCCUUCUCAUCACUUUAAGUGCUAAACACGGGAAUCAAGACGAAGCAUUGAAGCUUUACCAAGAAAUGAGAUCUCUGAGAAUCAUUCCUAGUAACUAUACUUGUGCUUCACUUUUAGCUUUAUAUUACAAAAAUGGAGACUAUCCUAAAGCCCUAGCUCUUUUCUCGGAGAUGGCGAAGUGUAAGGUGGUUGCAGAUGAAGUUAUAUAUGGUUUACUUAUUAGAAUAUAUGGCAAACUCGGCCUUUACGAGGAUUCACAAAAAACAUUCGAAGAGAUUGAGCAGUUAGGGAUUCUCACUGAUGAGAAAACGUUUGUGUCUAUGGCACAAGUACAUUUGACUGCGGGAAAGUUUGACAAAGCGUUAAAUGUUUUGGAUCUUAUGAAGUCUAGGAACAUUAUGUUCUCUAGGUUUGCUUAUACUGUCUUACUCCAGUGUUAUGUUGCGAAGGAUGACGUGGGGUCCGCCGAACUUUCUUUCCAGUCUUUAUACAAGACUGGGCUUCCAGAUGCAUCCUCCUGUAAGGAUAUGCUUAGCCUAUAUAUGAAACUUGAUCUUCCUGAGAAGUCCAAGGCAUUCGUUGUUCAGUUAAGAAAAGAUCAAGUACAAUUUGAUGAAGAACUGUACAAGAUGGUCAUGAAAAUGUUUUGCAACCAUGGCAUGUUAGAAGAUGCCAAGCAAUUAACAGAAGAGAUGGGACAGAGUUCGGUUGCGAUGAGUAGCAAUUUCUUACAGGCAUUUUUGAUGAUUCUGUGUGGAAAAUCCAAGACAGUUGAGAUAGCAGAGGAUAGUUCUGUUACUCUAGAUCUUCCUGACAGUAUGGCACUUGAACUGUUGAUUAGUCUAUAUUCUGUAGAUGAUCCUACCACUGAGAAGAUGCAAACCCUGAAAGAUUUGCUGCAGACCUCUGUUGGCUUGUCAAUAGCUAGCCAACUUAUAAGCAAAUCAAAUAGGGAAGGUAAUUCAUCUAAAGCCAAGUUUCUCUAUAAUGAAGUAAUCAAGCUAGGUCAUAGACCUGAGGAUGCAGCAAUUGCUUCUAUGAUCAAUCUAUAUGGAAAGCUAAAGCAAUUGGAUAAAGCCCAGGAAGUGUAUGCAGCUGCUGCAGAUUUCCCUGCUUCAAUGAAACGAGUAUAUAGUUCUAUGAUUGAUGCAUUUGCCAAGUGUGGUAAACUGGAAGAAGUAAGCUGGAUGUAUGACGAAAUGGUCAAGAAAGGGCAUAACAUAGAUGCUGUACUGAUCAGCAUGGUUGUCAACACUUUGACCACUUACGGCAAGCUGGGAGUGGCAGAUGGAAUUAUCCGCAAAAGCUUUCAGGAACAUGUGAAGCUUGAUACCAUAGCAUACAAUACAUUUAUCAAGGCCAUGUUAGAAGCUGGUAAGUUGCAUUUUGCAACCAGCAUCUUCGAUCGCAUGAUUUCUAAUGGAGUUAGUCCAUCAAUUCAGACAUUUAACACAAUGAUUAGUGUGUACGGCCGUGGUCGAAAGCUGGACAAGGCUGUGGAGAUGCUUAGCAUGGCAAGGGAUUUGAAUAUCUCAUUGGAUGAGAAAGCAUACACUAACAUGAUUAGCUAUUACGGGAAGGCUGGUAAGUGCCGUGAGGCUUCUCAAUUGUUCAUCCAAAUGCAGGAAGAAGGGAUACAACCCGGGCAGGUUAGCUACAAUAUUAUGAUCAAUGCAUAUGCUAUUGUGGGACUCUCUGAUGAAGCUGAGAAACUUUUCCAAGCCAUGCAAAAAAAUGGUUGCUCCCCUGAUUCCUUCACCUACCUAGCCCUAAUACGAGCUUACACAAAGUGCGGUAAAUACUCAGAAGCAGAGGAAAUUCUUGAUGAAAUGAAGAGAACAGGAAUCUCUCCUUCCCUUGUACAUUUCAACCAUGUAUUGCGUGCGUUUACGAAUGCGGGAUUAAUGGGUGAUGCUGAAAGGGUCUAUAGAGACCUCAAAUGUGUGGGAUUGGAUCCUGAUCUAGCAUGUGAAAGGACGAUGCUGAGGGGUUAUAUGCACCACGGAUAUACCAAAGAAGGCAUCUCUUUCUUUGAAAGGAUAAGCAACUUUGUGGAACCAGAUACUUUUAUCAUGAGUGCAGCUGUGCACCUGUACAGGUCAGCUGGAAAUGAGAUAAGAGCUGGGGAAGUUAUGGAGUCUAUGAAUAAGAUGGGGGUCUCAUUUUUGUGGAAGCUGAAAAUUGGUUCUAAAAUGGAAGCAACUUGAGAUCUAAUGUAGUAAACUGCGGAACAGGCUUCUUAAAAACAUGAGAAAGGAGAAGUGUUAUGGACUCGGGCAAUCACCUCCUCUCAGCAUUACACAAUUGGUGGAAGUAAUGAUGAAGGGAGUCAGUCAUCACAGAGGCCAAACAGAUGCUGUGUACGGAAUCACAGCUCUAUGGACGCCUAAUGAUGGUUACAACAGUUACCUUUUAGCAACUCAUGAAGAUAAAUUGACCCCAAGAGCAAAUAACAGGAAAUAUGAAGUCCGAACAAACUGGGAACUUCAGUUAAAAUUAGAAGUUGGUUUUCACCGAUGCGUUUGAAACUAAAACAUCGUGAUUGCACUCCUAAAAUGUCCCCCGACCACACCACAUCUUUCUGCACACUGAUGAAGUGUUAAGUGCACAUGCGAUUGUUGUAAACCCAAUUUAACAUCUUUCUAGCUUCUAUAUAUGCCACUUCUUUCUGUUUUACCAUGUAAAUAAAAAUGUCGAAAGCACAUGUUAGAAAUAUAAGUUGGUGUAUCACCUAACUGUACUUUUUAUUUUGCUACAAAGUGUAAUAAUUCAUCGUUGUUUUUU